AUGCAUAUCAAGCAAAUCAUUAUUCAAGGCUUCAAAAGCUACAAGGACCAAACCGUUGUGGAACCCUUCUCCCCGGGAACGAACGUAAUUGUCGGUCGCAAUGGAUCGGGCAAGAGUAACUUCUUCGCCGCGAUUCGCUUUGUCCUCAGUGAUGCCUACACCCAGUUGAGCCGCGAGGAGCGCCAGGCUCUUCUCCACGAAGGCUCAGGCUCCGCUGUGAUGUCGGCGUAUGUAGAGAUCAUCUUCGACAACUCCGACGAGCGCUUCCCAACCGGUCAUUCAGAAGUCAUUUUGCGCCGUACUAUCGGUCUCAAGAAGGAUGAAUACUCCGUGGAUCGCAAGGUUGUCACCAAGUCAGAUGUCACGAAUCUCCUCGAAGCCGCCGGUUUCUCGCGAUCAAACCCCUACUACAUCGUUCCUCAGGGACGCGUUACCGCGCUCACGAACAUGAAGGAGUCCGACAGGCUAAACCUCCUUAAAGAAGUUGCCGGUACUCAAGUCUACGAAGCGCGUCGCCGAGAGUCCUUGAAGAUCAUGGAUGAAACAGCUGAUAAGCAGGCCAAGAUUGAUGAGCUUUUGCAGUAUAUUAGAGAACGACUUGCGGAGCUCGAGGAAGAAAAGGAAGAACUUCGGGGCUUCCAAGAUAAGGACAGAGAGCGGCGCUGUCUCGAAUAUGCCUUCUACCACCGCGAGCAGGUUCAAGUCCAGGAUGCGCUCGAUGAAAUCGAGAGGGUCAGAGAGGGCGGCAAGGAUAGUACCGAUGAAUAUCGCGCCGAAUUUGUGCGCGGGGAGAAGACGAUCGCGAAACUUGAUGCCGAAAUCCACCGACUUCAGCGGGAGAUGGAACUCCUCGGAAUCGACAAGCGCCAGCUAGAGGAGGAUCGCCGUGAAAACGCCAAAGCACGCGCCAAGGCUGAGAUGAUGUACAAAAAUCUUGUGGACGGGCAAUCUGCCCGGGAGCAGGCGAGAGCGAGCCAUGCGGCAGAACUGGAGACCGUCCGUGCCGAUAUCGCCGCCAAAGAACGAGAACUUGCCACUAUCAUCCCAGAUCUCAAUCGACGCAGGUUAAAGGAGGAUGAGGUUAAACAGAGCCUCGAUGCCGCAGAGGCUAAUCGUGCCCGCCUCUUCACGAAGUCAACCCGAAGCUCGCAGUUCAAAAACAAAGCCGAACGAGAUGCCUGGCUCCGCAAGGAAAUCGAUGAGGUUACGAUGACACUCAGCAAUCAGAAGGCCAAUCGAAUCGACGCCGAUGAAGAAGUCAAGCGCGUUGAGGCGUCAAUUAAGCAGUUGGAGCAAGAGGUUGGGGCACUAAGGUCCCGGCUCGAGUCCUGGGGUGGAGAUCGCUCGUCGCUCGUGGACGACGUCACCAAAGCUCGCGAUGCCCUUGAUAGGCUAAACGAUGAGCGACGCAUGCUCCGACGAGCUGACGAUAAGCUUGAUUCCCUUAUAGCCGAUGCGCGUCAGGAGCGUGACCAGGCCGAAAGGGAUCUCUCUCAAGCCAUGGACGGCUCAACCGCCAGAGGCUUGGCGACGAUCCGCCGCCUUAAGAAGGAGCGGGACAUCCCUGGCGCCUACGGAACGCUAGCAGAGCUUCUCGAAGUGAGCGAUGCCUACAAGUUACCUGUGGAACAAGUCGCGGGAGCUAGUCUGUUUCACUACGUAGUCGAUGACGAGAAAACAGCGACAUACCUAGCCAACAUCCUUUACAAGCAACAGGGCGGACGGGUAACCUUCAUGCCACUUGCCCAGCUGAGACCGAGACCCAUUAACCUUCCCAGAAGCGCCGAUGCUGUGCCCAUUAUCAGCAAGAUCCAGUACGAUUCGACGUACGAGAAGGCUUUUCAGCAGGUAUUUGGCAAGACCGUUCUCUGUUCCAAUCUCACGGUUGCUGGCCAGUAUGCUCGUAGCCAUGGUGUCGAUGGUAUCACGGCAGAGGGUGACACAUCGAGCAAGCGAGGCGCGAUGACCGGUGGCUACAUUGAUCCCAGGAAGUCGCGUCUUGAUGCCGUAAAGACUGUCAGCAAGUGGCGAGAUGAGUAUGCUCAAAAGGUCGAGGAAUCCGACGAGAUAAGACGGCAGAUUGAGAGGAAGGACCAGGAGAUCACUCGUUCUAUGGGUGACCUUCAAAAGGCAGAGCAGAAGUUACGCCAGGUUGAUGACGGGUUCGAACCACUCAAGGCUGAGCUCCGUGCGAAAACGGGACACUUGGAGAGCGAGAGGACACAGCUUGACUCGGCGAUAAAGCGACGCGAGACCAUCGAUAGGCAUAUGAAGGCAUUCUCCGAGAGCAUCUCUGCCCACGAGGCUGAGCUUGCGUCAGAAUUUAAGAAGGCACUGACGCCAGCCGAGGAGAACCAGCUCGAGGAGCUCGGCCGUAGAGUGCAGGAGUUCCACAAGCAGUGGAUCGACUUCAGCAAGAAGAGGAGAGAGUUGGAGCAGCGGAAGCAGAUCCUCGAGGUUGACCUUCGUCACAACCUUCAGCCCAAGCUCGACCAGCUCAACAGCUUGGCGUUCGAAAACUCGGCUUCGGCCGGCACCAGCCUCUCCGAGGCCGAGAGGGAUCUCAGGCGUCUACAGAAGGCUUCGGGUUCUAUCGACAAGAAGCUAAGGGAAAUCGAGGCUCAACUAGAGAGCCAGCAGGUCCAGAUCAUCGAGCUAGAGGGUCAAAGGAGCGAGCAGGAGCAGUCCCAGCAAGAGAUCGCCUCCAGGAUCGAGAGGCAGCAAAAGAGAAUCGAGAAGAACCUCCAGAGGAAAGCUCUUCUCACGACUCAAGCUACUGAAUGCGCCAAGCAGAUCCGAGAUCUUGGCGUUCUUCCGGAAGAGGCGUUCGAGAAGUACGAGAGGAUGGAAGGCAAGACAAUCGCCUCUCGACUAAAGAAGGUCAACGAAGCUUUGAAAAAGUACAAGCACGUGAACAAGAAGGCGUUCGAGCAGUACAACAGCUUUACCAACCAGCAAGAUCAGCUUCUCAAGCGCCGAAGUGAGCUCGAGGAGUCUCAAGCGUCCAUCGAGCAGCUCGUCGAACACCUCGAUCUCCGCAAAGACGAGGCCAUCGAACGGACAUUCAAGCAAGUUUCAAAGGAGUUUGCUACCAUCUUCGAGAAGCUUGUUCCGGCCGGCCAUGGCCGACUUGUGAUUCAACGGAGGACCGAUCCCCGCCACGAAGCUGAGGAAUCUGCUGAUGACGAGCAGUCGGCCAGUAAAGUGGACAACUAUAUCGGUGUCGGUAUCAGCGUCUCCUUCAACUCCAAGGAAUUUGACGAACAGCAACGCAUCCAGCAACUUAGUGGUGGUCAAAAGAGUUUGUGCGCCCUCUGUCUCAUCUUUGCCCUCCAGCAAACAGAAAGCAGCCCCAUGGUCAUCUUCGACGAGGUGGAUGCUAAUCUAGAUGCGCAAUAUCGUACUGCUGUUGCGGCGCUCCUUGACUCCAUCUCCAAGGAAGCCGGCACGCAGUUCAUCUGCACCACCUUCCGACCGGAGAUCGUACACGUUGCUGACAAGUGCUACGGUGUGACUUUCCACAACAAGACAAGUUCCAUCGAUUGUGUUCCUACCGAGCAGGCGCUAGAGUUCGUCGAGGGUCAGAAGAGGUGA